GACCGGCAGCCCCGGCCGGAGCAGGGACGGGCAGCCCCGGCCCUGCGCCGCCCCGGAAGCAGCGGGGAAGGCGCUGGGGCCGCCAUGGGCCGGGCAGUGACAGUGGCCACCUGCGCCCUUAACCAGUGGGCUCUGGACUUUGAGGGCAACCUGGAGAGGAUUCUCAGAAGUAUCGACAUCGCCAAGAGCAAAGGAGCCCGGUACCGGCUUGGCCCAGAGCUCGAAAUCUGUGGUUAUGGCUGCUCAGAUCACUUUUAUGAGUCAGACACACUCUUGCAUUCGUUUCAAGUUCUGGAAAAGCUCUUGGAGUCUCCAACUACUCAAGAUAUUAUCUGUGAUGUGGGAAUGCCUGUUCUGCACAGAAAUGUUCGCUACAAUUGUCGAGUGAUCUUUUUAAAUAAUUUUUCUGUUUUGUUUUAUUUAAGGAAGAUUCUUCUGAUCAGACCAAAAAUAUCACUGGCAAAUGCAGGAAACUACAGGGAACUUAGAUGGUUCACCCCAUGGAGCAAAGCAAGGCAUGUGGAGGAAUAUUUUCUGCCCCGGAUUAUUCAGGAAGUGACUGGACAGGAAACUGUUCCUUUUGGGGAUGCAGUGCUAGCAACUAAAGAUACCUGCCUAGGGGCAGAAAUAUGUGAAGAACUCUGGGCACCAAACAGCCCUCACAUUGAGAUGGGACUUGAUGGUGUGGAAAUUUUCACCAACUCUUCCGGGAGUCACCACGUGCUGCGGAAAGCUCAUGCCCGGGUGGAUCUGGUGAAUUCUGCCACAGCAAAGAAUGGUGGUAUAUAUAUAUUAGCAAAUCAGAAAGGCUGUGAUGGUGAUCGUCUCUAUUAUGAUGGCUGUGCCAUGAUUUCCAUGAAUGGAGAAACUGUUGCACAAGGAUCCCAGUUCUCACUCGAUGAUGUGAGUGAUCUGAUGUUGAAAGCCUUUCCACAGGAGGUGCUGGUUGCCACUCUGGACCUGGAGGAUGUUCAAAGUUACAGAGCAGAGAUCUCAUCUCGCAACUUGGCGGCAAGUAAAGUGAAUCCUUAUCCCAGGAUAAAAGUGAACUUUGCUCUGUCGUGUCCUGAUGAUUUAGCUGUUCCUACUUGUAUGCCAAUCCAGUGGCGACACCACAGUCCUGAGGAAGAGAUCAGCCUUGGACCUGCAUGUUGGCUCUGGGACUAUUUAAGGCGCAGCAAACAGGCAGGGUUUCUCCUACCUCUGAGUGGUGGAAUUGACAGCUCUGCUACAGCUUGCAUAGUGUAUUCCAUGUGUCACCAGGUUUGCCUGGCAGUCAAGAAUGGCAAUGCAGAUGUGCUGGCUGAUGCACGCAGGAUUGUGAACGAUGAUACCUACAUCCCUGAGGAUCCUCAUGAAUUCUGCAGGCGUGUCUUCACCACGUGCUACAUGGCUAGUGAGAACUCCUCCCAGGAUACCUGCAACAGGGCCAAACUGCUGGCUGAGCAAAUAGGCAGCUACCACAUCAACCUGAACAUAGAUGCGGCUGUGAAAGCUGUUGUGGGGAUCUUCAGUGUGGUGACAGGUCGAACUCCCCGGUUUUCUGUCUAUGGAGGGAGUAGCAGAGAGAACCUGGCACUCCAGAAUGUGCAGGCUAGAAUAAGAAUGGUCCUUGCCUACCUGUUUGCUCAGCUGACACUGUGGGCUCGUGGGAUGCCAGGGGGACUGCUGGUGCUGGGAUCAGCCAAUGUGGAUGAAAGUCUCCGUGGUUACUUGACCAAGUACGACUGCUCCAGUGCUGAUAUCAACCCCAUUGGUGGCAUCAGCAAGACUGAUUUGAAGAACUUCAUUCAGUACUGCAUUGAAAAUUUCCAGCUCACAGCCCUCAGGAGUAUCGUGUCAGCUCCACCCACUGCGGAAUUGGAGCCCCUGGUGGAUGGACAAGUGGCUCAAACUGAUGAGGCAGAUAUGGGGAUGACAUAUGCAGAGCUCUCAAUCUAUGGGAAAUUGAGGAAAAUUGCAAAGGCUGGACCAUACAGUAUGUUCUGUAAGCUGAUUAAUAUAUGGAAGGAAAUUUGUACACCAAGAGAGGUGGCAUCCAAGGUUAAGCAUUUCUUCAGGAUGUAUUCAGUCAACAGGCACAAAAUGACCAUCCUCACUCCUUCCUACCACGCUGAAAACUACAGUCCAGAUGACAACCGUUUUGACCUGAGGCCUUUCCUCUACAACACCUCGUGGUCCUGGCAGUUCAGGUGUAUAGACAAACAGGUAUCCAAGCUAGAAAAAAAGGAAUGAAUUUCUUUAGUUGAAGAUGUGGACUGACUUCCUGUCUUGUUUAACUGCGGAAAUUAAUUUGUCAAACAGAAUGUUCAAAACUGGAUUAUACUGUGAUAAUGAGCAGGGAUGACCUGCUUAACAGUUCCUGAGCUGACUGUUGUAAUAAUUUUUUUUAAUUGACUCCCUCUUUUACUCCCAAUAUACUUAAACUGUAGUUUGGCUAAGAGAUCAUUUAUUAAGGAUUUUCUUCAGCUUCUUGAGUUAAUUGCCUUUAAUUAAAAAUAUUCUUUUAACCACA